AUGUCAAAAGUAAAAAGAACAAUACCGUUAUCAAAAUUAAAAUACGUCUUAGACGAUAAAAGCCCGAAUAUCUUCGUUCUUGACCUUCAAACGAAAUUGUUUUUGAAUAUCAAAAUUUCCUCUCCCGAGGAAAUUAUGCGUCGUGAAUAUAAGUACUUAAAAAAUGGAUACAUGAUCUUUAUGAUCAAUAGUCGCGAAGCAUUCAAUGCUGCUCGGAACUCUCCAAAAGAAGUUAAGGCAGUUUACGAAAAGGUUUUUAUGAGUUAUAAAAAAAUAAUGCCCAAAAUUCAUUCUUUUGUUCAAUACCUUCCUCAAGAUCGUACAAAUGAGGAAAAUGAGAAUGACAACGAACAAAUUGAAAAUACAGAACAAAUUAUUUUUCCAACUUGUUCAUCUGAAGUAUUUCAACAGUUGGAGUCAACCGAUUCAACUGGGAUCAUCAACUUUGAUCAUGGAUCGUCUUAUUCAACAGAAACAUCCAUUGAUGAUUUAGCUACAACAAGUGCAAGUUUACAACAAAUCAUACCGAAUGAAUC